AUAUAAUCUUCCACAAGUUUUAUCACGGUGAUGUGAAGAUCGGUAUUCCCUUAUAAUGACCUCAUAAGACUGUGUUCACAGGUACCAUGAGUGGAUGCAAUCAAAAGAACUACAAGUGCUGACAGCAUCCGAACCACUGACCCUGGAAGAAGAGUACACGAUGCAACAGUCAUGGCUCCAUGAUGAAAACAAAUGUACCUUCAUAGUACUGGACAAGGAGAAGUGCCAUGCUGGGAAAGGUGAAAUAGAUUCAAUGGUGGGAGAUGUGAAUCUGUUUUUCGAUGCGGAGAACAUGCACUCUGCCGAGGUGGAGAUCAUGAUUGCAGAAGAUGAAUGUAGAGGUAGAGGUUUUGGCAAGGAAGCCCUGCUACUCAUGAUGCGAUAUGCAAUAGUUGAGCUGUCUACUCAGCGAUUUACUGCCAAAAUUGGAGAGGAAAAUCUGCACAGUCUCUCGAUGUUCAAGAAACUAGGUUUUAUGGAGACUUCAAGAAGCAAAGUGUUUAGAGAAGUUACGUUAGAGAUACAAGUUACUGUGGAAUUUCAAACGUGGCUGCUGCAGAACACAGAAUGCUACCAGUUGGAUGAUAGACAAAAGGAAACGGGUAUUUCAUGACAAAUUUUACACAGAAAAGUUGCAGAAAAUAACAUACUAAUUCAAAUUAUGAUUAUAAUUUGCUCAAUCGUUAUGUAAUGAAACUUUGCACAUAGGUUUCAAGUGUCUUCUUCUGCUGAAUACAUUAUGCCUGUAAAUUUAACGCCAUUUAACUAAGGACACUUUCUUCGCUGUUAUAAUACACAUAUAUAUAAACAAUUUUAGAAAUGCAAAAAUACAUUAGUGUGUAUUUAAAUAGUAAUAAAAACCAUAUUUGUACCACAUC